CACGGCGUACUUGAUGCUGAUGUCAUCGCCAGGCAGGUGGAAGCUCCGGUUUGACCAGCUAUUUGUCCGCCGAAGACAAAGACGAACCAGCCGGCUGAAAAUAGUCUGUUAUGGGCAUUUUCCGGCGAAUUUGGCUGCUUUGAACCGACGAAAGGAACAUUUGUUUGGGAUGUCUGAGGCCUGUCGAACGAUAAAGUGGGACAACUGUAGAGAAAGUGCGCGGCUAUAGUUUGACGUUAAUGGAAGCGGUGACGUAAGCAGAUAUGCCAGCUGACGACAAGGUUGCCAUCCUAACAGACGAUGAGGAGAAGCCAAAGAACAAGAAUGCAAUGGCGGAAGCCUUCGCCUCGCUGUCGCUGCAACAGAGGAGUCCUCCAGCCACGCCCUCCGCCGCCGACCUGUCCGAGCCGCCCGUGGACUCGCCGCCUGACUCUCUCAACUGUUGCCAGAGGAUGUGCCUGCGGGUCAACAGUCACCUCCUCAUCUCCAAAGUCUUCUACUUCUUCUUCUACGCCGCUUACGGCUCACUGCACCCGCUGCUUGCCGUCUACUAUAAGCAGCUGGGCAUGUCCGCCAGUCGCAGCGGCCUCCUGGUCGGCAUCCGUUACUUCAUAGAAUUCUGCAGCGCUCCUUUCUGGGGGGUGGUGGCGGACCGCUUUAAGAAGGGGAAGGCGGUGCUGCUGUUCUCGGUUUUCUGCUGGUUGGUGUUCAACUGCGGCAUCGGCUUUGUGAAGCCGGCCGACAUGAAAUGUGUGGAGAAGGGAGCUGAUGUGACGGUGGCGCCCACUCAAACCACUCCAGGGAACUUCACGCUGGACAACAACUCCACUAGCCGGGUUCGCCGCAGCUGGCUUCCCAAUUUCCCGAUCUCCAUAUUCCAAAGAAGCAUCGAUGACACAUCGCUCUCUAUUAACACCACCGACGGCACCACAACAACCCCUGUCCCUGUUCCCACCAGUACCAAGGAGUACCAGAUCAUCUACGACAACAUCCAAAAGGAGAACAUUUUCCUGAUUAUUCUGCUCGUCAUCAUCGUUGGCGAGUUUUUCAGCGCUCCGGCUGUCACCAUUGUGGACACCGUCACACUGCAGUACUUGGGCAAGGCCCGCGACCGCUACGGGUUGCAGAGGAUGUGGGGUUCUCUGGGCUGGGGGCUCGCCAUGCUGCUGGUGGGCAUUUGGAUCGACCACACGCACAUCUCGGUGGUCAUCGACAACGUUGGCUGCGUCGUGCCCGAAUUCCGCCUCCGCAACUAUCAGAUUGCCUUCAUCGUCUUCGGUGUGCUGAUGGGUGCCGCUUUCGUUGUUGCCACACAGUUCUAUUUCGAGAAAGGUGGUGACUAUCUGCGAGAGGUGCCCGAGGGAGGGGCAGAGGGAACACCCGAGGUGGACCCAAGCACCAGCAGCACCGCCGUCGGUCCGGAGUUCCACUACAGUGACCUUCUAAGGCUGUUGUGCAGCGUGCGCUACAGUUCGGUUCUAUUUGUGGCGUGGUUCAUGGGGUUUGGCUACGGCUUUGUCUUCAGCUUCUUGUACUGGCACCUGGCGGACCUGCAUGGCACAUACACGCUGUUCGGCGUCUGCUCCGUCUUGAGUCACGUCUCGGAGCUUGCCGCCUACUUCACCAGUCACAAGUUCAUUGAGCUGGUGGGACACAUCAGGGUGCUGUACAUUGGCCUGGCUUGCAACACGGCACGCUACCUCUACAUCUCAUACCUGGAGAAUGCCUGGACCGUGCUGCCCAUGGAGGUCCUUCAAGGUGUGACGCACGCCUCUGUUUGGGCCGCUUGCAUCUCUUUCUUGAGCGCUGCCGUCCCACCAGAUCUAAGGACGUCGGCGCAGGGCAUCCUACAGGGCCUUCACCUCGGGCUGGGCCGUGGCUGUGGGGCCAUGGUUGGGGGGUUGCUGGUUGGUUACUUCGGUGCUGAUGUUACAUUUCGCGGGAUUGGCAUGGCCUCCUUGGUCAUUCUCCUCAUCUUCACCCUCAUCCAGUGUCUGACACGUGAAACAGAGGGAGAUGAGGACAAAAUGCUGGCAGAGAAUAUUCCAGUCCCCUCAAGCCCUGUUCCCAUUGCCACCAUUGACUUGGUAGAGAGCCAGGGCACCAGCCUCACCCGCCAGGUUGCCCCUGUUACUCUGAAAAAGACCAAGUACCAAGAGGAACAAGAGGAUGUUGCCCGGCCAGCCUGGGUGCUCUCCGGCGCCCCCUGGGUCACCAUCGCCUUCGCCAUUGUCCAGAUCAGAGAGAUGCUCACCAUGGUGAAGAGUGGCAAGCUGCCGCAGGAGACUCAGCUGCUACAGAGGAACCAGGUUCCUGAUGAGCAAGCAACACACAGAGACCACGGCCAUGGUGGCGCCACACCCGCCCCCGGACUGCCAACACAACAAAGCCCCGCCUCCCCAAAGCCUACAAACUGCAACAAAGGCCAGAGGCAGAUGGAGUCACAAGUAGGCGAUGUAGCACCAAAAGUACUUGUUGACUGAGCGGAAUUACAGUAUCUCAACUUCCUGUGGCGUCAGUCCACCCUUUAUGACUCUUAAACCCUCCUGUUGCUAACAAGUGCCUCUUUAGGAAGUGUAUAAAGUGAUGUAUAUUAAGUUUAAUUUAAGUUAAAUCUAUUUUUGUUCUUUUUCUGAACUAAGAAUGAAUGUUAAUGACUGCUCACAGAGCUAAACGAUUCAUGAAGUACAAAUCAAUAAUACUAGAAAUCAUAAAAUCCAAGAAAUACUAAAAAAACUAAUAAAUAAAAAAAGCACAGAGAAAAAAACUAAUGACGGGUGUAUCAGGAAUAAAAAGUUUGACGAGGCCAAAAGGCCACAGCUGGGAUGGAGUAACAAAGCAGGCAGAAAGAUGAAAAAAAGCUAUAGCACCAAGAUCAGGAUCUAACCAGAAAAAUAAUAAUUAAAUAAAAGCAAACAACACUAUAUAAAUCAGGCCUGGGCAAUUAUUUCACCUCGGGGGGCCAAAUUUAGAGAAAAAAAUGUGUCUGGGGGCCGGUAUAUAUAUUUUUAGGAAAAAUAAUACAUAACCUCACAAUAAAGUCUGAUUGAAUGCUAAAAAUGUUAUGACAGACCACCUUAAGAACAGAAUUAAUGUUUUUUUCUAUGAACGAUAAAACCCUGAAUAUUGACAACAGUCCCUCUCAACGACAUUUUACAAUCAAGCCAAAUGCAACAAACAGCGAAAUAUGAACAUGAAGGGUAUAAAAACCCAAAACAUCUGACAUAAGUGAUACAUCACUGAGCUUCAGAACUUUCUUGUAAAAAUCUUCCACAUCUGUCCCUGACACACAUUUAAGGCUCUGGAAACACUCUGUGGAAACGCUCCCCACCCACACUUCUUGGUACCUCGUCUGACCUGCUGCGACGUAUAUCACCAUAGUAACUAGUAGGGUUGUACGGUAUACGGGUAUUAGUAUAGUACCGCAAUACUAAUGAAUCAUAUACGGUACCAUACCGCCUCUGAAAAGUACCGGUCUGCCACACCCUAAGAUUUUUUUGUUCAAAUAAAGCCAAUAAUGCAAAGUUUUCUGGUCCCCUUUAUUUAGAAACGUAGCAAAAUAAUAUUGGUAUCAGGACAAAACUAGUCACUGAAAUAUGCAAAAGCGCAGAUUCCAACCAUUGAAAUAUGUUGUAUUGUUCAAGACUUAUGGAAGUUAGAAAACAUAAUGCAGUGGUUCUUAAAGGGGAACAUUAUCACAAUUUCAAAAGGGUUAAAAACAAUAAAAAUCAGUUCCCAGUG